GGACUAUUGAAGAUCAAAGAGAAGGCAACAAAAAGGAAGGGUCGAGGCUUCACUACAGAUACUGUCCCCAGGUCACAGCAAGACGAAGAGUUUGAGACUAUCCAGCAGGAUGACAACGAGGCCGCAAAUGGCCCACAACGCUCUAUAGAGGGCUGGAUCGUUUUUCUACGCAAUGUGCACGAGGAGGCCACUGAAGACGAUAUUAGGGAUAAAUUCUGUGAGUACGGGGACAUUAAGAAUGUUCACCUGAACCUCGACCGAAGAACAGGUUACCUGAAGCUCAAUGGUCAAGCUAUCCAGGUGGACUGGGCUUUUGUAAAAGGUGGCUCCAACCCACGGAGGGAAACCGGUGGGGGCGGUCGUCGUCACCGCAAGGUGCGGUCACGCAGCCGCAGUCGAUCCCGUGACCGUGCUAGACGUUGA